AUGGACAAGAAUGUUAUUCGUAAAAAUAUUAAUAAAAAUCCAAAUAAUCAAGAACAAGAAGAAUUUUCUAAUUCUAAUAAGUCUUCUAAAAAAGUUCGAUCUGAUUGGGAUCCUAAUUGGUCUAAAAUUUAUCCAUGGCUUAAAAAAUCUGAAGAUGCUAAUAGUACAAUUACAUUGUACUGUACUUGGUGCAAAGAUGCAGGAAAAUCUAAUCAAUUUACUGAAGGUACACAAGCAUUAAGAAAACAAACUAUCGAAAGACAUCUUAUAAUUAAUGAUCAUCAAAAAGCUAUUAUUGCUCGAGAUAAUCAACAAACAAAGCUUAUGCAAGGAUUUACUUGA